CCCGUUUACAGAUAAGUCCGCAUUUGUCAUUAACCAAUUUGAAACGUCAGACCCACUUGAUGGGAGUCGGUUUCGAGCUGACGCAAGUUGACGCGCCCGGAAAGCGCCACUUGCAAAUACGGCGAGACUCGGCAUUUGUACGCCAUGCCAACGAUGCCUUCGCUGUCCAGCGACCCGAACAGACUUUCGCGCUUAUUGAUCUCCUUGUGGCACUGCCCCUUCAACGUCACCGCUCGACGUCUUCGCAAGUACUCGACUUCACUUCCCACGUCAAAGUCAUGCGCGACUUUUUGCCGCACGUGGCAUCGCCAGACGUCCCCAAGGUCGAGCACACUUGCGACCGCCACCACGUCCGACGACACGUAUCGAGCGAGAGCAACCGCCUUUUCUACUUUUUGCUGGACUGUUCGCGGCUCCAUCGACUCGAUGCCAGUAUUGAAUCGACCCCCCACGCCGACACAAAAGGUCUGUGUGCCGGCAACAAAACCAAAAUCCACUGCUGGUCCGUUGACGACAUCAACACCCAUUUCGACGCUGCUUCGCAGGGAUGGCAAGAACGGAACGAUGCCAGUGCCUUUGAAGCCGACCUUUGCAUUCGGAGCGAUGCCAACAGCCUUUUGUCCACAUUCCAACGCAGACAGGGUGAAUGUACCCAAGGACGGCACAUCCAUCUCGGCACGAAGAGACACACGAUGUUGGCUGUGUAGUGAAAACGAACCACGCACUGUGGACGUUGGGCUUUGCACAGCGAUGCGUUGGCUUAGAGACACAGACAAGUUGGAGUUCUGGCUCAUCGACGAGUGGAGCUCGAACGUCUUGCACGGACUACGCAGGUGGACAAACAUGCCGGAGAGCGCGGGGUGUGGAAAUAGAACUGACUUCUUCGAUAGUGAAUCUGGGCUGGUCGGAGCUUCUGCCCACGGGGCCGCUGGAAGCUGGGAUACAUCGAGGAGGUCGCUCAGGAAGACUUGCGCAUCCAUGACGAUGCACUUCUCCACAACUUGCCUCCAGCCGUAGUAAAU